CAGUAGUUUGCGUACUAGGUCGGAAAUGUGAUGUGAAUUGUGAAUACAAGUCGGCACUCAGUUGGCCGCCACGCGCUGUCGGCGAUACACGUAGCGCAAUGUUUCGUGCAGUGUCAGUUGGCUGGAAGAAAUACUGGUGGGGAACAGGUGUUUUGCCAGACAGAACGAAUCGGGUCGAAGAUAUUUACCUACGAUUUUAUAAUGGAAGUACAUGCGAGGAGUACGUCGACAUGCCACUGGAUCAAGCCCAUCGCCUGUUCGACAUCAAGGGCUUCGAGAAGAACAACCCCACUGUACUGUACAUGCACGGCUUCAUUGAAACGGCUCAACAGGAGAGUAUACAAGUCAUGGUUAGCGCCUACUUAGAGUCGAGGCCUGAUACAAAUGUCAUUCUGAUCGACUGGUCCAACAUGGCCCACGGAUCUUAUCUAGUCAACGCAGCGAGAAACACGAAAAAGGUGGGCGCUGCAACUGCGGAGCAAGUACAUAAACUUAUAGAUGCGGGUUUGCCUCUAGAUAAACUGCAUCUAAUCGGACAUUCCCUUGGAAGCCAUGUAGCUGGCUACCUAGCGAGAGAACUUAAGAAUAAAUAUAGGAAAACUGUUAAAAGGGUAACAGCAUUAGACCCCGCCUUCCCAGCGUUCUACCCAGACGGUGUGGUCAUGGAGCACAUAGUGGACAAAGACGCUGAGUUUGUAGAUGUAAUUCACACAGACGCAGGUGGUUACGGCGCGCCAGUCCGCACAGGGAGCGCUGACUUCUGGCCAAACGGAGGCAAAAGCGUCCAACCCGGGUGCCCGAGAUUCGCACCCGUCCCCCUAUCUGAUGACAGUAAGUAUAACUUAUGCAGUCACUGGCGUUCUUGGAGAUUUUAUGCGGAAUCCGUGCGGAACCCUGAAGCAUUUCCCGCAUCUCCAGCGGAUUCCUACCACAAGUUCAGAGAAAAUCCGUCCCCAGAAGUUGGUAUGGUGUACAUGGGAGCUAAUUGCGAUCCAAGUGCUCGGGGAUCCUAUUAUCUAACGACGAAUGCUGCUCCUCCUUUCGGAAAAGGAAUGGAGGGUAUUUAUUAUAAGAAGAAGAAUAAAAAAGCAACAAACGGCAAAAACAAUAUGAAAUAAAGUACUGGGAAUAGGUUAUGUUUAUUUGUAUAUGCGUAUAAUGGUCAGGUGUUUGUUAUUGUAUAUUUUGUAAAUACUCUCGUUCUGUAAAACUAUAAACAUUAUUCAUAUUCAGUAGCAUUUUAAAAAUAUCUCAUAAAUAUUACUUGCAUAACAGUCUUGUAGAAAAAAUAUAGAAAGGUAUGGAACCAUGAAAUACGUAUACAUUUACAUACCUAUGUAGAUAUUAUAAAUCUGAAUAUAUGACUUAUUUCCUUACUCUUAUAGUAUUGUGAUAAUAUAAAAUCAUGUAUUUGUGGUGAAAGUAUUAAAUAUUAUUAUAUCUUAAAUAAAUCUGAUAUCAUUGAUGCGGGGCCAAUAUAUUAGAUAUUGCUUUUGCAUAUCAAGAAAACUUUAAUGAUGUAACUACGUAUGUAUGCUUUAAAAUGAGAAAUUUUAAUCGUAAUGAGCUUUGUCUAACAAUUGUAUGAAAUAUAUAGACGUUUAAACGUUUAUUGCUUAUUCAAAGCGAAUGAUAAGUAGAAUCAUUAGGACCUGAUUAGGAUAAUUCUUAUUGGUAGUGGUGAAAUGACAUGAAAAAAAUAAAGUUAUUGAUUAAGGGAAAAAAUAAUACUGGGAUUGAUAAUGUCCAAGGCAAUCCUGCAGCCUUGAAGCAAUCAUACAUACUAUGCGUACUUAUUGUGACCAAUUUAUCCUCAUAGAAUACGAUAAAUAUCGUCCAAAUUACAAUCUCAGUUAAAUAAGGUCAGAGUCUCAAGUAUGUAUGUGCUUAGAAUAAUAUAAUAUUAUCAAUUAUGUUAAAAAAUCAUUUGUAUGGUUUAUAUAGUCUUCUAAUUAAAUCACAAAAUAUUCACAAGAAUCUCUUGAAUUAAACUUUGUAUGGCAUCACAAUUAAAAAAUGUUCUGUGAUUAUACCUAAAGAUAAAAUACAGUUUUAUUUAAAUUUGUUUUUGCAAUCAUCGCAAACAUAUAAGUUUUCCAUAAAAAUAUAUUUUUUUUUUUUGUUUUUGUUAUGUAUCUUUUUAUAAUACACGCCUGUGAUUCAGAUUUUAAUCAUUAGUAUAGGAAUAGAAAUUAGUAUUUACGCACAAUAUUACAACGAAAAAUUACAAUGUAUAAAGUAAUUUAACUUCUUAUAUUAGUAUGUACUUAACACUCCCUGCUAUUGCUAUGUCAUCACACCUACACUUUAGUAUAAUAAUUUUUUUAUAAGUAUUAGGUGAAUUUACAUUUAUUUAAAGUUAAUAAAGCAAAGAAUUAUGUAUGACACAUUAAAAAUAAUAAGGUAUUAAUUAGAAAAAGCGGCCAGCUACUUUGCUAUCUUUAUAAUCAUUAUCAUCACAUCCUUAGAUCUAUUUCUAUUUCUACUUUUACUGUAUCUACUUCAAAGGAUUAUGUAAUGUAUUUAUACAUAAAGAGUAAGACAAA